AUGACAGCAGAGGCGAACUCUUGGUUCGCGAGUCUUCCACCCAAUUCUAUCACUUCAUGGGCAGAGAUGAAAAAGUUAUUCCUUGAACAUUUUUUCCCUCCCACCAAGACGAAUGCGCUGAAAAAGAAAAUUAGUGGAGUGAAGCAGGAGUACGAUGAGUCACUGAGCACAUACUGGACUCGAUUCAGGAGGUUGGUGGAUAGCUGUCCAAACCAUAAGUUUUCGGAGGGGGAUUUGCUGCAGUAUUUCUAUCAAGGGAUGACGGUAGAUACAAAAAAUCUGGUGAAUUCAUCAAGUGGAGGGGAAUUUUCUCAAAAUACUGUGAGCGAAGCUAAGAAGUUGAUUCAACACUUGGUGGAAGCAACCAGAGAGUAUGAGGAGCCACGCACUCAAUUUCUCAAGAAAGUUGCACGGGCAAGUUCCUCUAACUUUGAGGACAAGUUCGAAGAAAGAAUGGGGAGGAUGGAAAGAAUGUUAAGUACUGUGGUGGAGAAGGUGGCAAAUGCUGGACAACCGACAGAAAAACCAUGUGGAGCCUGUUCUGAUCCACUGCCCCCUUUGCCCAAACGGGACCCCUACUCGAGCAACUACAAUGCGCUGUGGAGAGAUCACCCUAAUGUUCGUUGGAGAGACCAAGACAAUCAAGUGCAGCAGCAACAGCAGAGCUAUAGACCGCUUCAUCAAAGAGGAUUCCAACAAGCACCACCACCUCCACAAGGAAAUCAAGGAAAAGCUCUUGAAGAGAUGAUGAGAGAGUUGAUUGCCUCACAACAAUUGUUGCAAAAUAAUUUGCAAACAACUAAUGAAGCAGUGCAAAAGCUUCAACAAUCUCAUGCAGAGUACAAGGUGCAGAUGGAAGGGUUGGCUCGUCAGAUAUCUCAACUCACAAUGACCGUGAAUCAACUCAAGGGAAAUCAAGGUGCCUUACCAUCCCAAGUCCAAUUGAAUUCGAAGGAGAACGUUAGUAUGAUUACUUUGAGGAGUGGCAAGGAGUUGAGUGAGCCCAUAAGCCAGAAUUCAAGUGGGUGUUCGAGCAAGACCUCUGGAGUUGAAUCUCAAUUGCAAAAAUUCAAAAAUUCUGGAGGCAAGGUGAAUUCUGCAAUCCAGAAUGAAGAUCAGUCCGAUUUGGCCAAACAGAAUGGUGACUCCACAGCUGUGCAGAAAGGAAAAGAGGGAGAACAAAA